AAGCUUGCAAAAGAUAUUCAAAGCUACAGUUGUGAUUUGGAGAAAAUUCUUACAGUCGUUUGGCAUCAGUUAUGUGUCUGGUACUGAGUCCAAAACCUGGGAACAUCAGGCUGCUAAUCCCUGAUCGCAUUGACGUUUCGCUUUUCAUCCAAGAAGCUUCUUCGGCUCUGACUGGAUGGUGGGGAUUGUAUUGGCUUUCCCACGAAGCCUCCUCGGAAAGAAGGAAGGAAGGAAGGACGCCAGGCCGCUUCGGUUGGGGCUUUUCCAGAAGCUCCGCCAACCCCGCCCACCAGCAGCCUCCAACAACCGCAGGAACAAACUUCCGGCUCCACCUUCUUAACCGGAAGCGGAAGUUUCUCAGCUCAACUUCCGCCCGCCUCCCCUCUCAGUGUCCGAGAGCUGGCCUAGAGAAGCCGGAAGCUACUCUCGAGCGGUUCGGUUGCGGCCCGUUGCCGCCCCGGAGCCCCUGUGCAGGAAGUUUCUCCUGAAUUCCAGGUUGCUUCUCUCCUCGAUCAGUUUCCAUCCAUGGUUUCUGUUCUUGCCUCCUGGUGCUUUGGAAAGGAAAUUGACCCCCCUCUUCUUGGUGGCAGCCCCUGAAAUACCGGAAGGCUGCUGUUCUCGUGCCACCCCUAGUCCUCCUGCAACCAUUCUUGAUAAGUUUCAGAGGGGAUUUCCCCUUACGGGGAGGCCAAAUGGGAUGCAGCUCCUUCUUGCCCGAGUUCUUCCAAAACUGACCAGAAAACGGUCAGCUUGCAAUAUUAAACCUAUAUGCCUGACUAUGCGGAUAUCAGCCUGGCCCCAGAAGAGCGGGUCAGAGGGCUUAUUCAUAUGGGGAGUAGUGUGGAGGUGAAUGAAGAUGUUCCACCACGAAGAUAUUAUCGUUCAGGUGUUGAAAUCAUCCGGAUGGCAACUAUUUAUUCUGAAGAAGGCAACAUUGAGCGUGCCUUUAUAUUGUACAACAAAUACAUUACGCUUUUCUUAGAGAAACUCCCCAAACAUCGUGAAUAUAAAACUGCAAUCAUUCCAGAGAAGAGAGACACAGUGAAAAAACUAAAAGAGGUUGCAUUCCCUAAAGCAGAGGAGUUGAAAAAGGAGCUUUUAGCAAAAUACAACAAGGAAUAUGCAGAAUACAAUAUACAGAAGAAGAAGCAAGAGGAGGCGUUUGCUCGCACCUUGGCCUUACAACAACAGCUGGAGGAGGAGAGGCAGAGAGUGGCCCGCAUGAAGCAGCAGCAGGCCGAACAGGAGCAGUUCCACGCCUUUGAAGACAUGAUCAGGCGCCAGGAGCUCGAAAAGGAGCGCCUGAGAGUGGUGCAGCAAUUUGGGACAGCAACUCUAGGCCCCUCGGAGGGUCCCUUAAUACCUGGCGUGCUCAAGCCCCCCACCGACCCCCAAACUUUGAUGUCUGGUGGCCAACCUUUGAGCCCCGCUGGAGGAAGUGGACUGCCAAGGCCACCCAUAGUGGACAGGUCGCUAAAACCUGGCACUUUGGGGAACUCAGAAAACAGCACAGUAAUAGAUGGUCUUCGCCACAUCAUUGUCCCCAGGGAUCUGUGCCAUAAAUUUCUGCAGUUGGCAGAUGCAAAUACAGCCAGAGGUGUGGAAACAUGUGGGAUCCUUUGUGGGAAGCUGAUGAGGAAUGAAUUCACAAUAACCCACGUCAUCGUUCCCAAGCAGCAUGGAGGCCCUGACUAUUGCAACACGGAAAGUGAGGAAGAGCUCUUCCUAAUCCAGGAUCAGAACAGCCUGAUCACCUUGGGAUGGAUCCACACUCAUCCUACUCAAACGGCUUUCCUUUCCAGUGUGGAUCUGCACACCCAUUGCUCCUAUCAAAUGAUGUUGCCAGAGUCUAUAGCUAUUGUUUGUUCACCGAAGUAUCAAGAGACUGGAUUCUUUAAACUGACAGACCACGGGAUGGAGGAGAUCUCUUCCUGCAGACAAAAAGGAUUCCACCCCCACUGCAAAGACCCUCCUCUCUUUACUACUUGCACCCAUGUGACCGUCAUGGAAGAAGAAGUGACAGUGCUGGACCUUCGAUAAGGCUGCCUUUGUACCUCUUAUCAGCUACUCCUGUCCUCCUUAAAGCUAAUUUAUGGUUGCUUCUCUCACUUUCUGUGCAGUGAUACCCAGAAUCUUACCUGUAACAGAGCAAAGGAAUUUUGCCUUCUCUUUGAUCACAUGUGAAUAAUAAUUUGGGGCAUCGCUGAGAAUCAGUAAAGCAAAAUUAUAAACUAAAAUUAACCCUUAAUACGGCUAGUCUCGGCUGCUGACUGAGCUUUUUCAACAAACCAGGCUCCAGAACGCAUACACGGGCACAAACAAACAGGAGCCAUUCUUGGAAGCGUUUGCCUUGACUCGGAGGACAUCCAUCCUUCUCUGUAUUAAGAUCUCAACUUUUGCACGUUCUUGGAAGACAUCACUCCUAUCAGUGAUUUGGAAUUCUCACGCUCAACUGUGCUGUGCCAAAAUUUUGACUUUAGUCAGCAGUAAUAAAGCAAGUUUUGUAUCGAA